AUGUCGAACACUCAGGUCGGAAAUGUCUAUCAGCAGAUUAUCGCAGAUGUAGUCGAUAGCUCCAGAGUUGAUUUCGAGGAAGGUGGUGUUGAUGAACAGGUAUUGGAGGAAUUGAAAAAGGGAUGGCAACAAAAGUUGACACAACUCAAUGUUGCUCUGUUUCCCUGGGAUCCAAAGCCUGAACAACAACCUAUGCAAAAUCCUCCAACGGUACCCUCAAACUAUCAGCAUCCAGGCCCCCCUCUCAACCAACCAAUAUAUCAAACUCCAAUGCCUCAUGGCCCUCGUAUUAAGACUGAGCCUAGUAUGGAGACUCACGGCUUCCUCCCUCUUCCUAUGUCACAACCACCCCCUCACAACCCUCUUAUGACUAUGCCCAAUGCUUCACCUGCUCAACAGCGCGCUGCUCAGAAUCUCCAUGCAUCUUAUGGUCAGAGAGCUGCGGCCUCGAUUCAAUCCAUUCAAGGAAGCGGCGCUGCACCACAGCAGCAAGGCAUGUCGCAAUUGAGCCCACAGCAGCAACAAGCUAUGCAUGCGCAACAGCAACAGCAUUUGCAAAUGCAACAAAUGCAGCAGCAGAGACCAAGUAGCGGCGUUCCCUCACAGCAGCCACAAGGACAAUCCCAAAGUCAACAAAGCCAACAAGCUGCAGCUGCUUAUAGACAAAACUUGGCAGCUCAGCAGGCUCAACAAUUACUGCAGCAGCAGCAGCAGCAGCAGCAGCAGCAGCAAAGAUCAUACCAAAAUGCUCAAAAUGCUCAAAAUGUCCUAAAUGAUCAGAAUGCUCAGAACGGUCAGAAUGGUCAGGCUCCUCAGGCUCCUCAGAACCCUCAGAACCCUCAAGGUGGCGUUGGAAGUGCACAGACUGAUGGGGCUGGUGGUGAGACUGGUGACUCUAUUGGAGUUAUUAAGCAGUUCGAUUCUCGAGGAGAUGAGAUUGCCAUGGGUCGGGUUGAGAUUGAUAACCUCAUCCGUGACAAGAUUGAAUCUAUGGGCAAGGCUAUGGAAGGCGGUGGUCUAAUGCUCCCACUCAGAGAAGCCACCAAAAUUUCCUCAAACAAGCAACGUCAACGCAAGACCUUAUCAAGCUCGGUGCCACAAACAGAUGGGCCUGGCUCUAACGAUGAUGACGAAAGAGUUAAGGAAGAAUUAGAUGAAGAUGCAAUCAACUCCGAUUUGGAUGAUCCUGAUGAUGGGUUGAAUGAUGAUGAGGAUGAUGAUGAGGGUAUGGGUCAUAUUAUGCUUUGCAUGUAUGACAAAGUCCAGCGAGUCAAGAACAAGUGGAAGUGUGUCAUGAAAGAUGGAGUCCUUACCGUCAAUGGAAAGGAAUACGUGUUCCACAAGGCAACCGGAGAAUAUGAAUGGUAA